CGCAGGGACAGAAGGAACGCCCCUUUCUCCCAUGUUCCAAUCAGAGGCGGAGAAGCAGAAUACUUCCUGUUCCCUGUACUGCAGCCUCAACCUCAUGAUCCAGUCUAUGGACUCAGCUGACACACAGCCAUGCGGUUCCGUUUCUGUGGGGAUCUGGACUGCCCAGACUGGGUACUUGCCGAAAUCAGCACAUUAGCAAAGAUAUCAAGUGUGAAAAUGAACUCCUCGUGUUCAAGUUCUGAAGGACUUGCUGGGGAAGGCAUAGAUUAUGACAAGGUUUCAAAGCUUACUGCAGAUGCAAAGUUUGAGAGUGGAGACAUCAAAGCUAGCGUGGCAGUGCUCAGCUUCAUUUUGUCCAGUGCAGCCAAGCAUGAUGUUGACAGUGAAUCUCUGUCCAGUGAGCUGCAGCAGCUCGGUCUGCCUAAAGAACACACAACAGGGCUCUGUAAAUCCUAUGAAGACAAACACUCUGCACUGCAAGACACUAAGGAGACAAGCCUGAGAUUGGGGCGUCUGGAGGCUGUGUCCUGGCGUGUGGACUACACCCUGAGCUCCAGUGUGAAGGAGGUGAAUGCACCAAUGAUUCAGCUUAAACUGCAGGCACAAGGAGCAGAGUCAGGCUCCACAGAGACGACCGUUGUCUCUGCUGCUGACAAGUUCAGAGUCCUGCUUGCAGAGCUCAAACAAGCCCAGGCAAUGAUGAAUGCGCUACAAUAAAGAGGGACGAGUGAGACCACUACGGACAGAAAUGACCUGAUAGGCUGCCAAAGUGCCAUACUUACAUCUUUUACAGCAAAAUACUUUGUAUCAAAACAGUCAAAAGUCAUGUGAAUGGCUCAUUUCCAUUUGGACUGGAUGAUAUUUUUGUUACCACACAAGUUGAAACAUUUCCAGACUGAGUGGUUUGUCACUGAAGCAAGAAACAUGAACAUGAAAGGACCAUUUUUGUACAAUAUUGUAAAAUAAUUCUCAUUUUUCUAAUAUUUGAAUCAAGUUUUAGAAUAAGUGUCUGAACUUCUUAUGGGUAUGAAUAAUAAAAUAAAAUGUUGAUAAAGGUAA